AUGAGUAGUAAACUGAUCGAUAGUCCACGAAAACGCCAAUUAUUAUAUGAUAUAACAAAUGGGAAAAAAAGUAAAUUAAUAAAAAAUGGCAAUGAAAGUGAUGAAGAUCUAUGGGCGCUCGAUCGUGAGAGUUGGUCGCUAAAUCCACCGGCAAUUUGUUUACAAGACACUGAUAAUGAAGAUGAAAAUCUUGCAUGGUCAUCUGAGUGUCCCGAAUUGUUUCAAUCAACAAAAACAAAUAAGUUAAAAAUGGAUAAUGCAUCAUCAUCAUUAAGAGCUGUUCAUUGUCAUCGACAUAGUAGUGCAAAUACAAGUUUAAAUGAAUCAGCGUCAAUGGAUUUAUUAGGAUUUAGUAAUAAUGGUAGUGAUAACGAGAUGAUUUCAAUUAUUGAAAGUACUGGUUUCACACUUGAGCCCGUUGCUUCGUGUGACCGUUCAUCAGGUUAUCAUUCAUUUGAUACAUCAUCAUUUGGUCAACAACAGCGACGGCUCUCUCCGAAUAGACGAUCUCUAUUAAAUCCAACAGCAAAAGAAUUUUCAUUGAGCAGUAUUUCUGAUGCUUAUUCUUCAAGUCAACAUCAUCAACAUGGACCAUCAUCGACACAUGUUGCACGUUAUCCAACAUCAUACGAAUACAAAUUUGGUUCAUUUGGACGUGGUGAUAAUGAAUUUUUAGAACCAAAUGGUAUUUCAUUUUUAUCUGAUGGUAAAAUUGUUAUUGUCGAUACGAACUCUAGUCAAGUGAAAAUAUUUGAUCCAUCACGUCGUGAAUGUGUACAAAAAUUUGGCGUGCCUGGUACUCGUGCCGGUGCAAUAUUAUACCCUUAUCGUAUUGCCGUUUUACCAGGUGAUCAAUUAGUAUUAGUUCAACGUUCACCGCGACCAAUGAUACAAAUAUUUGAUAAAAAUGGACAAUUUAUACGUCGAUUUGGUAAUGAUUUAGAAUCGCCACGAGCUGUUUGCAUUGAUCAACAAGGCCGUAUUAUCGUAAUCGAAUCCAAAAUUAUGAAAGUACAUAUUUAUGAAUCAACAUCAGGUCGUGUUUGGGGUGCAUGUGAUUUAAAAGAACAUUUAAGUUUUCCAACAAGUGUUUGUGUUAAUGAUCGUCAUGAAUUAUAUGUCAGUGAUAAUGAAUCUCAUUUUGUACGUGUAUUCGAUUAUAAUGGUGUCCAUUUAAAAGAUAUUGGCGGUGGUAACAUAUCGUAUCCCAUUGCAUGCCGUAUUAAUCAACCACGACGUGAAUUGAUUGUUGUUGAUAAUCAUGAAAAUUUUAAUAUAUCAAUAUAUGAUUACGAUGGAAAUAAAAAAUAUUCUUAUUAUAGUUUAAUGAAACAUGCACAAUGUUUCGAUGUGGCUGUGGGCUAUAAUGAUGAAUUAGCAAUGGCAUCAAAAGACUAUAAAAUAUAUGUUUAUAAAUUGGGUGAACAUAAUAAUCAUUAUUACUAUUGA